CCUUGCAAUGAUGUAUGUCCUACUGCUGUGUGUACUACACAUACACAGCAUUCAUGGGCAAAACGCUGAUCAAAAGGGCAAAAGGCUGAUCCUUCGAGGUCGGUCCAACCCAUGCGAAGGCCGAGUGGACGUCUACAAUGAGGGCAAAUGGGGCAUCGUUGGACACAUCGGAUGGAGCGAGAACAACAGCGCUGUUGUGUGCAAAAGCCUGGGCUGCGGCACUGUCGUCAGCUUUGACAUUGAUUUCAGGGACAACUACCCAGCAAACGAUCUGGUUUGGGCAGAUGAAAUUAAGUGUGGCGGGACAGAGCAAAACCUCUGGGACUGCGAGUUUCCAGGAUGGGGUGUCAUCAAGUCCAGCGCUCACUCCCAUGUUUAUGUCAACUGCUCUGGUGAGAGGGUCACCUCUGUGUUCAUAUCGAUUCUGUUUGUAUAAUUAAUAACUGCUGCAACAUUUAGACAUAAUUAUACACAUUAACCACACACACACACGCACACACUGCUAU